AUGUAUCAACAUAGGUGGAAGCAUGCUGAACUUGCCGCUGAAUUAGAAAAUUUGACUGAUGAGGAAAUAAUAACAGGAUUUUCGAAUGAUUCAAUCAAUGAUCGAGAUUUUGAGCCGGAGGAGAGCAGCUCUGAUUCAGAAUCUGAUACUGAAGAUGGAGGAAAUAAUUCGGAUGAUGUUGUUCCUUUAGCGAAUCUUAUAAACGGCCGGAGAUGGAAGCCUGUAAAUGGAGACCGUUUAACAUUCGAUACAUUUCCGAACAAUACAGGAGUAAAUCCCGCCAUAGCUGUUGAGUUAGCUGGAAAAGAUCCUGUGGAUUUUUUCAACUAUUUCAUAAAUGACGAUAUAAUAAAUCUGUUUGUUACGGAAACCAACAGAUUUGCUUCACAAAAAAUUAUCGGCAUUACAAACUCCGGCAAUCAGACGGGUAAAGAAAGAAUUGCAAAGUGGGUUGAUACCAAUCCUUUGGAAAUGCGUAAAUUUUUAGGAAUUAUUAUUUGGAUGUGCUUACUUCAAGUACCACAACUAAGGGAUUAUUGGUCUAAGGAUCUCUUGUAUCAAAAUAAUAUUUCUAAAAUAAUGAGCCGAAAUAGAUUCGAAAACAUAUUAAGCAUGUUUCAUACUUGUGAUAACGAAAGUCCUAGAGAUAUGAAAGAUAAGUGA